AUGGCAUGGGGCGCGUGGAGUCCGCGAUGGUGUUCGCGGAGCCUCGCCCCCUCCAACACGGCGCUCGGCACGGCAAUUUCUUCAAAGUUCUUGAAGAGUUCUGGGAUUCAGCUCGGUUCACCACCGCAGGUCCUGUUGUUGAGCGGAUAUUGUUUUGAUGGCGAAUUGUUCACUGCUCUUCAAAAGCUCAUUAGCGGCAAGCGGUCUCUGUUAUACCAGAUGGCCGACCAAAUAUUAGCCCCGCGUCUUGUUUCAGAAGAUCUGCCGUUCCUCGACGUCCCUCUGCUCAAGGCGACACAUUUCCAGCUGUUCGUGAAAUGCACCAGCCACAGCUUGUCCAAUGGCAUGAAAUUGGGUUUAUCUAGAUGGGCUUCUGACAACAUCAUCGAUGAUUUGUAUAUCGCCAUAUCUUCAUGCAUAAAAUGCAGUUCUGACAUUAUGGACCACCUCGAAACCUUUGCUGGACGUGUCGUUUACGAUGACCCACAGUGGACGCCCGAUGAUUGGUCUGCGCGGCAGAUUCUCUGGACGUACGAGUCCAUGUCGCGGGAGAUGAGGCUGGCCAGGGAGAGCACGCGUGAGAUUGAUUCUUACUCUUAUUUGGAUGAGGAUUUCUUCAACGACGGCGUGCCCGGCCUGGUGGAGGGCAUGGUGCGCCAGAUGGUUCUCCAGAAGCUGCCUGUUUUGGAGCAGCCGCCGAACGAUUGCUCGGCGGCGCACCCCGUGGAGCGCAAGGCCGAAGAGGCCGCAGCUGCCAUCGCCUAG